GAAGUGCGACUCCAGACUUCCGUGUUUACAUUUUCGAACGCGGGAAGAGCCAUCGGGCUACAUCCAGCGUUUUGUCUACCGGCAUGGCGGCCAAGCGAGGCGCGCUCAUCGUCUUGGAGGGGGUAGACAAAGCUGGGAAGACCACCCAGUGCAAGAUGCUGGUCCAGGCGCUGCAGCAGAGCGGAUACCCGGCGGAGAUGAUGAGGUUUCCCGACAGAAGCACAACAAUCGGAAAGCUGAUAAGUGCGUACCUGGAGAAGAAGAGCGAGCUGGAGGACCACACGGUGCAUCUUCUCUUCUCCGCCAACCGUUGGGAAAUGGUGCCUGAGAUGAAGAGAAAGCUGGAGCAAGGCACCACGCUGGUGGUAGACCGGUACGCCUUCUCUGGGGCCGCCUUCACUAGUGCCAAACCGGGUUUCAGUCUGGACUGGUGCACCAGAUCGGAUGUGGGUCUGCCCAAACCGGACGUGGUCCUGUUUCUGCAGCUGAGCCCGGCAGAGGCGGCUUCACGAGGUCGCUACGGCGAGGAGCGCUACGAGGACGCCGCCUUCCAGAGCGCCGUGCUCGACCGCUUUCGUCAGCUCAUGGACGACUCGUCCGUCAACUGGAAGGUGAGGAUUCCCAAGACCGUCCUUGGCGCUCAAUCUUCUUCCUCUCUCAUGUCGCGUCCUCGUCCCGUGCAGGUGGUGGACGCGUCCGGGAGCGUGGACGAUGUUCACAAAGACAUCGCCCUGAAAAGUCUGGACGCCAUCCACGCGGCGCAGACGCAACCUCUGGGAGAGCUGUGGAAGUGAACGGCCAUCGCUACGUUUUUAUAAAUAAAGUCUAAUUUUGUCUUGAAGCCUUCGCAUCGUAUCAUAUGAGUAGAAGUUGAAUGAUUUAUAAUAAAGUUGUCAUUUUCUGAU